UACUUGGGUCAUACCUGUGGUCGGGGCUGUUUCCCUCACUGGCAGCUACAAAAGACACCUGUCCUCACACUCAGACUCAAACACAGCAGGGCAGGAGACUUACUGUGAUACGACACUGGCGGCAAGCACACGAUGGGGAUAUUAGAUAUUUUUCUCCAGUCCUCCAGUUCUGUCCCCCUGUUGGGGGCUCUGGUGGUCCUGCUGCUCGUCUACCUUGUUUCCACCUUCAUCUUCAGCUCUCAGGAGAAAGGGAAGAAUCCUCCAGGACCAAAACCGCUGCCUCUGUUUGGCAACCUGCUGCAGCUGGACCUGGACAGACCCUACAACACGUUACUGAAGCUUUCCAAGAAAUAUGGAUCAGUGUUCACCGUCUAUUUCGGACCCAAGAAAGUGGUGGUCCUGGCAGGAUACAAGACAGUGAAGGAGGCACUUGUCAACCGUGCUGAAGAGUUUGGAGAAAGAGACCCGAUGCAAAUUGCGAAAGAUUUUAAUAAAGGACACGGAGUUUUAUGGUCCAAUGGUGAUUCCUGGAGAGACAUGAGGCGCUUUGCUUUAACCAACCUCAGAGACUUUGGGAUGGGGAAGAAGGCCUGUGAGGACAAAAUCACUGAGGAAUGUGAGCACCUGAUCGAAGUGUUUAAAAAAUCUAAAGGAGAAACCUUUGAUACGACCCAACCGAUGAACUAUGCAGUGUCUAAUAUCAUCUGCUCCAUUGUCUAUGGCAGCAGGUUUGAAUACGAUGACACAGAAUUCACAUCUCUGGUGGAUCGGACAAACAGAAACAUUCAGCUUGCAGGCUCCCCAUCAAUACAGGUGUACAACCUGUUCCCAUGGAUUGGGAGAUGGAUCGCCACCAAGAAGGAAUUCAACAAACUGACUGACGCCAAUAAGAAACAGAACUUACAGCUGUUCAGACGUCUUAGAGAGACCCUCAACCCACAGAUGUGCAGAGGCUUCGUGGAUGCCUUUCUGGUCCGCAAGCAACAUCUGGAGGAAUCUGGGAUUACCAACAGUCACUUCCACAAUGAAAACCUUAUGAACACAGUCCUGAAUCUCUUUGCUGCUGGCACGGACACAACAGCAACGACACUGAGGUGGGGACUUCUGCUGAUGGCGAAGUAUCCAAAAAUACAAGACCAGGUCCAGGAGGAGCUGAGCAGGGUGAUAGGAAGUCGUCAGGUGCAGGUUGAAGACAGGAAGAACCUGCCCUUCACUGACGCUGUCAUCCAUGAGACACAGAGACUGGCCAACAUCGUCCCCAUGGCGCUGCCUCACAAAACGAGCCAAGACGUCACCUUCCAGGGUUACUUCAUCAAGAAGGGGACCACGGUGUAUCCUCUCCUGACAUCUGUCCUCUAUGACGACAACGAGUGGGAGAAACCACACACGUUUCAUCCUGCUCACUUCCUGGACAAAGACGGGAAGUUUGUCAAGCGAGACGCAUUCAUGCCUUUUUCUGCAGGUCGCAGGAUUUGUCUCGGGGAGGGUCUGGCCCGGAUGGAGCUCUUCGUCUUCUUCACCACCCUCCUGCAGCACUUUCGUUUCACUCCUCCACCUGGAGUUUCAGAGGAUGAACUGGAUCUGACUCCACGUGUGGGCUUCACCCUCAACCCUUCACACCACAAACUGUGUGCUGUCUCCUGUAUGUGACAACAGAGCUUGAAAAUGCAGCUCGACUGACUUAUAUGCAAGAGAAUAGAUUUUAACUUGUAGGCUUUAAUACUUUUUUAGAGGACCUCAUAUCACAGCAGUGAACUUUAUUAAUCAGUUCCUUUCUAUUCUGUCAGAGUAGAGAAACUAAUGUAACUACUUCAUCAUGAAGAUCUGGUAUGUCCAUAAUUACAAUGCUGCACCUCCUGCCGAUCUCACACUCUAACUCUAAGAUCCUGAGACACCUGAACUUCUUCCUUUGGAGCAGAAAUGUAAUUCUACUGUACCAUGGCCUCACAUACAACAUGGGACCACAGUGUAUCCUCUCCUCACAUCUGUCCUGUAUGAUGAGAGUGAGUGGGAGAAACCAUACUCCUUUU